UGGGCAUUGAAGAGUAUUAUCUUGUUUGCUUUUCAAAACGGCCUCUUGAAGUUUCUCGAACAAACCCAAAAGAACAUGUCCUUUCCAAACGGCGUUCCAAUCUGCCUUCAUCUGAGUGGUAUUGGCUGGUUCGAUCAACGAUUGAAAAAUGUCCUGGGUUUUAUAUGGCCCUUUGCCGCCGGCCACAGACCCGACUUAUCGCUGGUCGGAUUAGCCCUUGUUGGGGCCUUUGGGUCUACAUGGUUUCUGGUUGUUAUGGAGAGCUUGAGAAUUGGUAAUCAGGGCACAUGGGCCUCUCAUAUUAUGAUUCCGGGGAUCUUCAUAUUCGAUCACUCUCAAGGCCUCAUGAUGCCACUUUACUUCUUGUUUCACUUAUAUUUUGUGCCAGAAGGAGCCUCGCUUAUUAUUGACUCAAUCGAUGCUCGGGCGAUUAUGGCCAGCUUUGUGGUGGGAUAUCUACUGCCCAUCGGUGCUCAUGCACUCCCCGCACCAUCCAUGAUAACUGUCGCUCGGAAACAGACUUUGAUCGGCUGGUACCAACUGUGGCAUAUUUAUAUCUUCGUCUGUCAUCUUGCCUUUGCCAAAGUCAUUGGGCAGUUUUUCGACCCGGUCAGCACACCUAUUUGGUACCAUCGCUUCAUGUACCUGUUUGCCUUUUCUUUAGCGGCAGUCCCGCAUAUCUGCGUAGUGUUUCUGAGCACUUUAGCUGCGAUUUAUCCUGGACUUUUUGCCAAAGAUGCGGCUAGGAGAAUGCAUCCCCGCAAUGUGUUCAGUCUGACAUCCCCAUGGUCAGGAAAGAAAGCACCGUCUAUGGAUGAAGGCCUGAAGUGGUUGCUGCAGUGGGACGUUUUGAUUAGCUCUCUAGCUGUUUUAUCUUGGUCACUGACUCUGCUCGUGCGAUGUCGAAUGAUGUUUGACCAGCCUGUUCAUUGGGGCUCACUGGUUGCUAAGAUCAUACUAGCGAGUGUUGUUUCAUCUCCGGCGGGAGCGGCAGUUCUUUUGAUGUGGGAGCGCGAUGAGAUGGUUCUC